AACCCCGACAUCUGCCAGGGAGGAGGAACUUGCAUGAAUACAGACGGCAGCUUCACUUGCACCUGCCCCCCGGGUCUAACCCUGGACGAAACUAGAACGAAGUGUUUGGACAUACGACAGGAGCAGUGCUACACCCGGUACAAGCACGGGAAAUGCGUCAAUCCCAUCGACGGGCUCUUCUACAGGAACCUGUGCUGUUGCACGCAGAUCGGCAAGGCUUGGGGCGACAAAUGCGAGCCGUGUCCCAGACCGGGCACAGCCGCCUUCCUAGAGCUGUGUCCGAAAGGGAUGGGGUUCGUGGAUAAAAAGGAUGUCAAUGAGUGUACCGAGUUCCCCGGAAUGUGCCAGAACGGUAGGUGUAAGAAUACCAUCGGCAGCUACAACUGUAAAUGCAAUAAGGGCUACGACUACGACGAGAAUAAAAUAAAGUGCGUGGAUAUUGACGAGUGCAACUUGACGACCGAUAAUGUAUGUGGGAAUGGUGUUUGUAAAAAUAUACCCGGAGACUUCAUUUGUGUGUGUAACGAAGGGUACAGGACUAUGGCACCGAUGCAGAUUUGUAUGGACAUCGAUGAGUGCUUGGAAAUACCCGGUUUGUGUCGGGGAGGACGAUGCAUCAACUUGGAUGGUUCUUUCAAAUGCGAAUGCCCUCCCGGUCACGAACUGGCACCCGACAAGGAAUCCUGCAAGGAUAUCGACGAAUGCUCUAGGUCCAGUGGGAUUUGUUCAAACGGCGUCUGCGAGAACAUGAUGGGGACGUAUCAGUGCAUUUGUAACGAGGGUUAUCAACAAACGGGCCUCAAAUCACACUGUGAAGAUAUCGAUGAGUGCGACGAGGAACCGUGCGACGACAUUUGCUUGAACAUCCCCGGAAGUUACUCUUGCUCUUGUGGCUCCGGUUAUUCCCUCAACUUAGACGGUAGGUCUUGUUCAGAUAUAGAUGAGUGCAAGGAGAACCCGAGGAUAUGUAAUGGCGGAAAAUGCACAAACACCAUGGGUAGCUACAUCUGUCACUGUACCGAAGGACUCUUGGCAGGUCCCGGUGGUACAUCUUGUCUGGAUAUCGACGAGUGCAAGCAAAACCCGAACGUAUGCGGGGCCGGCGAGUGCGUGAACACUCUCGGAUCUUUCCACUGCAGGUGCGAGGAAGGUUAUUCAGUGAAGCCCGAGGGUGGACCGCAGUGCACUGACGAGGAUGAGUGUUACUUGGGAACGUACAACUGCAAUGAGAAUGCCGACUGCAUAAACAAUCCG